ACAUGACACUUGUAGCUGCUGGAAAUAAUUGCUGUUCUUCAAAUGCGUCAUUCUGUGUCACAGAAUAAUUCGGUCAGUAGUCGAAAUCUUUUCUUUCGCGUCGGUACAUUGUAAAGAAGAGUGAUACGCACACAAGAAUAAAUAUGCGGAUAAUAUUUUUCGCAAUUAUUUAAACAUUUAUUGGUUUUUUAAGAAGGGCUCAGGAAUCACAAGUGUAAUAAAUCCAAUUUAGCUCAUUUAUCGCAAGAGUCUAGUUACGUUACGUUUUCAUUUAAAAUCCUGAUGAAAUAAACAAUAUAUAUUAAAAAUAAUACUAAUAACAGGCGAUAAUUUAUUGGUGAAAAAAGCAAGUGAAUUUUCUGUCAUCAUUUCCUGAAAAAUGUCUGUUAGAAAGCUCCUGGUAUUAACAUGGACGUGGUUCCUCAUUUUUGGGGGAAAAUCAUCAAUGAGUGAGUGGAUAGAUGUACCAGAAUUCUCAGAUGAAUCAAAGGUUUAUAGAGUGGCCUUCAAUAAAUAUGAGAGAAAUAAAAUUGCUGAGCGUCACUCGAACAGCCACAAGCAUAUUUUCCACACCGCUGAUUUUCAUCAUAUGGGGAAGGUAAAGGGAACAACAGACAACCCCUUUUUAACAUUUCCAACAACCCCGUUGAAGGAUGAAAGGAGGAUUUUUGUUCCUCAAGUAAUCACCUACGUGAAGAAUGAGUCUAUGUCGAUUUUUAAUAAAAUACCUGAAGCCGAUAGUAAUAAAGAUGCUGAUGACGACGAUGGAGUAGUGAGUGAAGAACAGGAGGAUGAUGAAGAAACGGUAACCGAAAAUCCAACUACUUCGAAUCAGACAACUUCCGAACUACCCGAAUCAACGAUUAAUAACGGAGGAGAGUUCUCGCUUGAUUAUCUACCUGUGGCUUUGUUCAAACAAGUUCAUCGGAUGCUUUUGCAAAAUAAACAGACGAGUAUCCCGGGAAAAAUCGAUUUUUUGAGAAAAUUUAAACACACACUGUUGAAUGAGAUAGAAUCAAGACUCACUGCUCUGGUAAGUCCCACCGCACCCACUAGGGUAAAAAGAGGCUCCGGGUGGGACGAUGAUCAGCUCGGCUUUCCUUCAGUAGAAGGCGCGUUACUCGCCAUAGCUUUCCUGACAUUUGCUGUUUAUCUCGUGCAAUUAGUGAUGAUGUUAUUCAGAACUAUGGCAAAUACUGCGACUACGAAUACAGUCUUGGUCAAUAGAAAUAAACGAUCAGCCACCAUCUCCGAAGAGACACUAAGGAUCCUCCAGUACCUUGAAGAAUUCACAAUGAAAGAAAAGAAAUCCAUUAAACAAUGAUGUACACUGACGUUAAUAAACCUUGACCGAGUACUUUUAUUUUAAUUUC